AUGGCUACGGUGAUACCUUCGUCGUUCCAGUUCCGCGACUGUACGGAGAACCAUCGAGCCUUUAGUCGCGACUUGCGCUCGGCCCCUACCGCCGCUAUUGACCGGUACCGCGCACUCUAUGCCACCCGAGAGCGCUGGUCUAAGACAGACGAGUUGUACUUCUUUGAGGCUACUCAGAUCCUGGGAUCUACGCUCACCUACAAAGAUUGGGAAGCACAUGUAUUCCCCGACCAGCCACUCGUCAGCCGUAGGGAUUUUCUCAACGGGUUCUCUGUGGGCGUUGAAUCCAUUAGCGCUGACAUCUGGUUCGCCUUUGUCAACACCGAAUUGCCACUGUUCUGGCUGGAUGUCACCUUAGAGCGCAAUCCCCUAGAUGAUACUCUCACGGAGAAAAUGCUACAAUGCCUCAUCACCUUCACAUACAUCUGGUCGCAAGAGCUCGGCAAAGGACCAGAGAAGCAUCGCGAUGGCAUCUCUUCCGCGUUCGCCAAUCUCUACUUCGAGAAGUUCAGCAAACUUUAUACUAUGCUCUGGGAGAGUAGGGAGCAGCUAGGUCAACAUAUAUUUGUCAACCUCCUCGGAAGGACGGCGCACGACCUUGCCUACAUACACAAUUGCCUCAGACUCCCGGGUCGACUUCUCGAGAACGGAAAGUUGGCCCACCUUUCUCUAUGGACUCUAUGCAACAGAGAGCCAAUACUACUGAGAGAGACGGCCGCGGAGCGCGAUCUCGGGGCAUUCGAUACCGUGUAUUCUCACCUCUGUACCACUCGUGGGGGGGUCGCUUGUAGCCGCUGGUUGAGGGAGAUCGUGAAGGCACUCGGGCCAGACAAACUCAUGGACGUUCUCGGGCUGGUGAUCUUCCGUUCCUCGAAGAUCAAUCGGCCUCUGGAAGCAUUUGCGAAAACCAUGGAUACCGUGAUCAGCGACGUCCCUGAAUGUCUACUCAUAGUCUACCGUGACCCUCUGACGCUUAUCCAAGAUGGCUUGCGCGCACUAGACAGGCAGCUAGAGGGGAAUAUUGGCGAACCCCUCGUACCAGUUCGGUGGACUCAAAAUAUGCAGAUUUGGCAGACAUUGUACAAGUUGUGUUUUAUACCUCACGAGGCGUUGGUCAGGAUGACCUAUGCACGUGCCUGCGAGAUAACAGGGGCGUGGCUCGACCUUCAGGCGCGGGGGGUGACUAUGAUGCUCGAGAUAUGGAGACAGAAGACUAUACAAGCGGGUUUGAAUGCAGGAGCGACGGCUACGGCAAUAUCUAAGAUCGACGAGCGCCUCGGGGUGAUCUACAGUCAGACUGCUUCGCUGACAGCACACAUCGCAUCCGGAGUGCAAGCAAAGAGGGAUGCCGCUUUGGUUUUCCGGAAAGCGUAUGGGGAUGGCGCCCGCGACGGGUGGAUACAUACUGCCAAACUCCUCCGCGACGCACGCUCAAAGUACGGUCUGGAGAUCUCCUACAGACAACUCGUCCGGUACUGGGUGGAGGUCGGCAAGUGCCUCGGACUCCGCGAAGCGGUCGGCUUACUGCAGCUUGAUCGGACGUGUUCGAAUCCGCCUUGCCAAUAUCAUCUCAUUCCGGCGGAGAACGCGCUGUCUAUGUGCAAAGGGUGUCAAGAGGAGAGGUAUUGCUCCCGAGAGUGCCAGAAAAGAGAUUGGAAAGAAAGGCAUCGGAUCGAGUGCCGGCGGCUGCAAACGGCAUGA